AUGGAAUAUCUAGUCAUCACCUUCGAUGCAAAGGGAGGCAUACAACAACUUCCCAACCACAGAACUUGCUUGAGGCUCGUGAACCCCCAGCAAGGAGGCUACAACGCUUUCAUAUUAGAGCCUCACAGGAUGUCAGUAGAGUUUGUGCUGCUGACAAAGGCAAACGUCCAUCCUUUCAAGCUGACUUUGUUUGCAGAGGCUCUCACUGGGCUUGGUAUCCUUGCAGCUGGGUGGAAGAGCUUUCGGAUAGGCAAAAUCACGGGCUGCGGUGCGCUGGAGAAGUACGGAUGGAAGCGAGGGCACGAAGAGAGGCAGGCAGAGGUAGCGGUCAAGGAUGUCGCGUGA